AAGAAACGUAGAGAAUGAGGAACAAACAGAGCAGCCACCAUGCUCUCUCAUUCAUGGAUAAAACCUCUCUGUAGCAGAGGUAAUUUAUUGUUUGCUUUAUCACUUGGCCGCCGUGCAACUAUGUUUCAUUCUUGUUCUGCUUUACAUUCUUCAUUUCAAGAAAAGCCGUCGAUUUCUAGAAAGCGUAAAGUUGCUGUUUUUAGGGAGUUGAGACAUGUAAAUAAUUUAAACGAUGCUGUUUGCGUUUUUCAUCAAAUGGUUCGAACACAACCUCUUCCUUCGGUUAUAGAGUUUGCAAAAUUGUUUAGGGUGAUGAUUAAUAUGAAACAUUACUCUGCCGUUGUUUCAUAUUUUAGAGAGAUGAGGAAACUGGGGAUAUCCUUUGAUGAUUAUAUCUUGACUAUUGUGAUUAAUUGUUUUUGCUUGUUGGAUCGUGCUGAACAUGGGUUUUCGGUUUUGGGUAUUUUCUUCAAGAGUGGUGUUCAGUUUAACGUGGUUACUUUCAGCACUCUUACGAGGGGGCUUUUUGAACAAAAUAAGAUUCAAGAUGCCAUGUGGUUGUUUCAAAAGCUAGUCACUGAGAAAAUUUGUGAGCUUGAUGAAGUUAUGUACGGCACCAUCAUGAAUGGUCUUUGUAAACAAGGACAUACUCAAACAGCUCUUAGUUUGCUGAGGAUAAUGGAACAAGGGGAUCCCAAACCUAACACUGUUGUGUAUAGCAUUGUCGUAGAUGCGCUUUGCAAAGACAAGAUGGUAGGUGCUGCUUUCAACCUUUUCAAUGAAAUGAAACGGAAAGGCAUUACUCCCAACUUACUUACAUAUAGUUCACUGGUUGAUGGUUUGUGUAAGUUGGAUCAGUGGGAAAAGGUUAGGCUUCUUUUGGAUGAGAUGAUGUUUCUUCAUAUUUUCCCAAACGUGCACACAUUCAGCAUGUUGGUAGAUGCAUUCUGCAAGAAAGGGAUGGUUGAAGAUGCUGUACAAGUGUUACAGCUAAUGAUCCAAAGAGGUCAAAAGCCAGAUGCAAUUACCUACAAUGCGAUAAUGGAAGGGUAUUGUUUGCGCGCUGAAAUAGAUGUAGCAAGGAGAGUUUUUGACGCUAUGAUUGAUUCUGACAUCAAGCCUGACAUCUUUAGUUACAACAUAUUAGUCAAUGGAUAUUGCAAGCAAAAGAAAUUAGACGAGGCUAUGCAUUUAUAUUGUGAAAUCUCGCAAAAGGGGUUAAAAUCUGAUAUUGUUACAUAUUGUACUAUCUUGCAAGGCCUAUUUGAAAUUGGUAGAGUUAAGUGUGCAGAAAGUUUCUUUUCUGAGAUGCAAAACGCAGGCCAUAGUCCCGACAUUUACACUUGUGGUAUAAUGCUUCAUGGUUAUUUAAAGAAUGGACAUGUUGAAGAAGCGAUGUCCCUCUUUCAUAGGUGGGAUAAACAAAAAGAAGAUACUAAUAUUUUGAUCUAUAAUACAGGCAACAAUGGAUUUUUUAAAAUUCAGAAGCUUGAUAAAGCUCGUUCAAUUUUUGAUAAGCUUUAUUCCAUAGGGUUGCACCCUGAUGCUAUAACAUACAAUGUAACAGUAAAUGGACUUUGUAUUGAAGGUUUAGUAGAUGAAGCCAAAGAGUUGCUAAGAAAAAUGGAGGACAAUGGUUCUUUCCCCGAGAAUGCCACUUCCAAUCUUAUUGUGCAUGGACUUCUCAAGAGUAAUACAGCUAACGAAGCGAUUGCUCUUUUGAAGGAAAUUGUUGGAAGGGGUUUCCCAGCUGGUAAAGCCACAAUGUCAUUGCUAAUAGAACUACUUUUGUUAAUAGGGGAAGGUCCUUUUUUGGUUAAUAUGAUACCAGAGUUUCAUCCCAGAAAUGAGAAAUGAACUUCUUUCUUCCUCUCGUUAUUGAACUAUUGGAAAGCUUGGCUGCAAUUGGGAAAACCAAAUGAUGAUAGUACUCGAAGAUUACUUAGCUGUCAAAGAUGGAGGGACUGGAAUGUAGUUGAACAUUGAGACGCCAUGUUAUGGGUUCAAGAUGGAAGGCUUGAAGAGUGCACCAUCAUGUGAGAUUUAAUUUCAAUUUCAUCAUUAUGUUCACCAGCCCACCAUAGAACCGGUUUCUCGGCAUGCCUUCAGAGUAAUAUCUGUUGGUAAGACACUACCAAGAGAUUCAGUAACAUGAAAGGAAGUGAAAGAGAUGAGUUCCAUAUCAUGGCAUAAAUUCAUCCUAACAUUCAUGAGAAGAUAUGUACCAACCAACGAGAGGACUCUAUGAUGGAAUAUAAUACAUCGUGAGGAUGCAGAGACUGCGGAAGAAACGAAUACUGAGAUGUAAUUAAGAAACGGGCCUCUUCAGUUCAUCCAUUAAAGGUUGAUAGUUUUUUAAGAGGAAGAGAUUCAUAUGUCACACUUAGGGAUCUCACAGCCAGAAUUACUUCUAUGAGGUUAGAGUUACUUCUUUUUCUUUUUCUAUGGUCCAAGUGAGAUUUAAAAGUUACGCAGCAAAAUUAAGUCGCAGAGAAGACAAAUACGUUGAAUACGUCUAUGCGCUACAAGAUAGGAAAUAUUCUUAGGAAGCUAUAGAUUAAACAUUGGAGAAUGUCAAGCAUAUGAUGAGUGAAAAUUAAUUUUUAAAUCGUUUUCCUUUAUUGACUUCACACUUUUUCCAAGAUAGACUUGAAGGAUAAGUUGUAACUGAUAUUUCUGUUUGUAAGUGUGACUAUUGAAAAGAUUUCACUCUACGCUAGCUAUUUCAUUUAUUAAGUUAUGGAUUAUUUUUCUCACCUAAUUAAACAAGUCAAUGCAUUUAUGCAGGUAGGUUCUUUCUCAUUAUAAGCUAAUGUGCUUGUCCACCGAGAUUUUUAGAUUCGGAUUUGGGAGGCUACAAUUACUUAAAACAUGGCAGAAACUUUAAGACAUGAAAUAUUUGCCAUCAUAGUUGAUGUUACUCAUAUUCACAUUUAAUUUUUUUUGUUGAAAUAUUCCAAACAAGGAAAUAGUGAUCAAGCUAAAUAUUUGAUAUAUCAGAAGAAUUGUUAUUGUUCGAACGCUACUUUGUUGCGUUGAGCUUCACAUUGAUGAGAUUUUUUUUUAAUUUUGUUCUUCAUGUAUAAUUAUUUACUCAAAACUUCUGCUUUAGUUGUAUCGAUUUUAUUUUACAAACUGUUUACUCCAUGAUCGAGCAUACACGUGCAACACACGUGUCGAGAAACUAGGUACUAUAUUAAAAGUGGGAACCUCAAACUUAAAAGUUAAUUACUAAAAUGCCUUUCUUAAUUACCUAAUUAAAUACCCUAUUUCAUUUAAUAAAACCAUAAAAGACACCUAAAAUUUCUAACGUUGCCUUACAGUAUUUGAUGAAACGGUGGCAGCUUUUACACCCUUCUUAAUUAGUUAAGAACCAACAACAACAACAGACCCAGUCUUAUCCCACACCGUGGGGUCUGGGGAGGUUAGUGUGUAC